CCAAACGUCACCUAUACAUAAACAAUGGAAGACACCGAAGUCGAAGAAAUUAAAAAUCUCCAAAUCGAAUUUGAAUGGGUUAUGCGAGAUGAAGUUCACGCAAUAUUUAGGAAGCUGCGCGAAAUAUUAGUGGAAUGUGCACGUCGAUUUCCGGUGCCAUGCUUUCAUGACAAUGAGGGUAAGCGAACUGAAAAGUUUGUGUUGAUGGCAGCGCAGGAUCAGCUUAAGUGUUCCGUUACUCUCACCGGCGAUAGCAUCACCCAAGCUGACAUUAGUUACAAGCUUAAACGCGCUUCAAGCCAAGUACAACGUACCUCCAUCACGCCUGAUGCACCGUGGAAAUUGCAACAAGUACAAGAUGCAGCAAAUCAUCUACAACAAGCCAUUACUCAUAUUGAUAACGUUGGAGGUAGUUAUGCUUUCAAAUCUCGUGAGGAGGUGCUGCAAAUCAUAGGUGAAUUGAUAGGUGCUCUUCAGCGAGGUCGCACUAGUCUCAUAAUACCAAAGAAGAAAGCAAUCGACGAACUUAUGAAAGGGCGAAAUAUGAAAUCGCUCACACCUAAUCUUCCAGAAGAUCAAGCAAUAUCUUUCUUUUUACAAUGCCAUAAACUCAUAAUAGCGAUUUAUCAAUUGUUAAACGUGCAGGGCAUUAUGAAAAUGGAGGCCACACAGGCUGAGUGCUCUGUGGGUUGGCUCAAUGACGUGCUUGUGUUGUUUACCGUUGGUCUAACUCUAUGCCAACAGCUGAAGGAUAAAAUUAACGCAUUUAAAAUGGACACUUCAAGUUAGUAAUUUUCUUAUCGUCCUCUGUGAAUGUAAGUUUGUGUUAUGUACACACAGCCAAAGUCAACCUAAAUAGUGGGCAGAAACGUCGUAUGUAAGUAACAACGCAGAAACGAACAAGUUUAUUAAGUAUUUCUAACUACAAAUAAUAUAAUAUGAAACUACUAUACAUACAAUGUACUUAAUGAGUACGUUUGAAUGCAUACACAUGCACAUGCGUAUCAUAACUACAUAAAGAACCAAAACGUGAGGGUGUUAUUGCGAAGGUGGUAAAAACAAAAUGUGAUAUCUAGCAUUUAAAAAUAUUCCAUACAUACAUCACCAGCGUAUGGUUGUUCUGAAAAAAAAACAAACGACAAAAAAUUUUAAUAAUGUUCAUAUUAUUUAAAAAAUAUCCAUAAAAUCAAAUUGUGUGGUGUAAAUCAGAAAUUGUACACAUAAAGAACGUGUCAGACGUGGCAAUACUUCCAAUAUUCCACGCAAUUCGCUGUCAAAUUGAGAAAGACACAUUUUAUUUCGAUGUAUGAACAACCAGAAGACCUUGCUGUCACAUUUCGGAAAUCAGUUUCAGAAAUAAAAGUUGCAAGAUGUGACUGCAAUUCAGAGAGCGCAAAUCGAUUUCGUGCUUCGCUAGCAAUCUGCAAUUCGCCUUUCGGGAAAUAAAAAAUCUCUUCCGAAAGACACUUUACAUGCAAGGUGUGACUGCUCACGCAACUGCUUUCUGAAACUUUGCAAUUUGAUAGCCUUUUCGAAAUAUAUUGCAUUGUCACGUCUGAUAGGAUCUUAAGAGCUAGGCUAAAAAUUAAACUGGAGAACAGCACCUGAGCGGAAUUAGCGACUUUUCUUUAGAAUUUAAGUAUUUAUUUCCAUUAAUACCAUGUUCUGACCGACAACGAAAACACUUUG